UGGGGCCAAGGCUGUGUGAGCUGGGCCAAGUCACUUCCCCUCUCUGGGCCUGGUCUCUCACUCUGAAAUGAAGAGGCUGAACUGGUGAUUCCAGAGGGAGAUUCCUUCUGAGGAUGGAGACACAUUCAGGGGGUGCUGAGGUCCGUAAGUUGGUUUCCUCCCCCCCACCCCCUUGCCAUGUUGAGGACUGGCUCACGCUCAGAGAUUUGGGGGCUAGAGUCAAGGCCAUGGGACCACACAGCCCUCCGGCCUUCACUCGGUGCCCCCAGGACAGCCUGUGCUUCUCGGCCUUGCUCACUUCUCUGUGGUCAGCUCGGAAUCCACAGCCUUCUCUGUGUAAGAGAGACCUCGGGACUUCUCAGUGGUUGAAACGGGAGAACUCAGGCCGGCCACUCAGGGAGAGGAAGUUCAGUAGCGUGAAACUAGGAAGGCAGCCUCUCCCCGUGGGCUGCGACGUGGAGUCCGGGGUUGCUAGCUCCUGGUCUGCUACCCCAUCCUGGCAUUUGUCACCCUCUCCCCGGAUCUGUGAACAGUACCUCCUCUCCCUAUCCGGCACCAUCUGCCACUCACCUUGCCUGACUCCCCAGGCCCUUCUCCCUCUCCAGUUCCUGUCCUACUCCCUAACUCCCAUGCAGAUCUGCAUCUGCCUAACUCCAACCCAGCCCUCCUGGAAGGCUCCAGCUGAUGGAAAUACGGCGGGCAAUCUGGCUGGAGCAGCCGUGGAAGCACCCUCGCCUCCCCUCCAAGCCCCCCAGUCUGUCUAAGACAGACCACUAAAGAAUCAGAGGGUACGGCAGUUGGUGUUGAGAACCAGGAGGCAAGUUACUUACAAUGUCUCGGAGCCCUUCGUCUCCCUGGCCAGCAUUCGCCUAGUGUUGGCUCUGUGCCAGGCAAGACUCUAUCCGUCUUACCUGUGCUCAUUUAAUCCUGGAAACAACUCUUAAGAACAACGUACUAUGAUUAUCCCAUUUUACUUUGGGAGAUCUGAGGCAGAAGGGAGCCAAGAAACGAGCCCGAGUUCAUAGGGCUAGUAAGGGGCAGAGGCAGCGAUUUGAACCUGGAUUCUUACCACAUCGUGCUGGAUGUGGGGAGAGCCAACAAGGUGGCAUGGGAGAGCACUCUGGAAGCUGGAAAGUGCUGGAUGCAUGUCCACAAACUGGCUCCGUGGCCCAACUCUAACCAUCCUUUGUCCAUCGCUGGUUUUCCUUUUCCAGCAACAGCAGAGGGGGAGAAAAUCAAAGCAAUAGGAGAAGCAAAGAGAAAGCCCAAGCCAGCUGGGUUUUUGCUGGGGCUGCUCCAAGCCACUUCCCCUCUCGCCCCAGCUUCGGUGGUGCAAGGAACAGGGAUGAGACUUGCCAGGCUUUCUCACUUUCCCUCUGGGUCCUCUUGCCCAGAGAUCAGAGGUGGCUACCACCUUUCCCCACCUCCCUCCUCAUCCAGCUGCCCCUGGCUCCGAAUGAGCCUAUCCUCUGUUCCUUCCUCUGUGCGAGGACAUCCAGGCACCCGACUUACUCCCCUUAGCUUCGGGAUCUAAUGGGCAAGUCAGGUUGGAACAGCGCCCCCUUCCUGUCUCUGCAACUGGGUCCCUCACAGGAAUCCUGUUGCACGGUUUGCCAGGGAGUCCCCCGCAAUGGACUGGGCCUAGAGGAAGGGAACAGGGGACCAUGCCAGAUUUUACCUCCGAAAAGCUCCAGCAAGGCAAGGCUCUGAGGAGCCGCUGCUGGGUACACGUUUGUCCAAUGAAUUGUGAACUGGGAGAAAAGGCGGGUGGGGUAAAAGCAGUAAGUUGCCACAAACAGGGACACAGAGCAAGCCCACCCUUCCUGGGCCUGGGCCUAGGGUGCUUCUGGGGUUACAAGGUUGCAGCUUGUGUCUGUUCUUUGCCUCUUGGCCACUGCCAGUGGUGCAGGCCUGGCAGAGAUACGUAAUUAUAUGUUUCACAUAAUUGUUAAACUGCAUCGAAUAGGCAAGCUGGCCUCAUGCCCUUUCUCCCUGGAGGAUUCACGGAUCAGAGGGCUGCAUCUAUCCUGUUCCCUGCCUGCAGACAGCUGAAACCAAAAAUGUUCUGAACCUCAGUCUUUUUCACAGUCCUCAGAGCUACCCCAGUAUAAGCCCUCCCCCUUUGAGAGCGUGGGCCCACACUUAACAACACAGAUUCAAGUGAAUCUCUCCGGUUGUAUUUGCCCUGUUUUUAGUGGAAGUGGAGUUUCACUGCUAAAAGUCUGCUCCUUUUAAGCGCAGACUAUUGAAAGAAAAAAAUCUCUGUCCCAUCAUUAGAAGGGGAUAGCACGGACCAUUGGCCUCUGGAAGACCUUCUAGCACUGAUAGCCUGGACCACCGCGUUCCCAGCUCCUGCUGAAUGCUAAGCUGACGACCCUGGUCAUGCUUCCGAUGACUCUUUAGAUAGGCCAGCCUCUGCCAAGCGGUGGGCCUCCUGGAAGGCCCAGGGCAUAAAAACACAUCAAGACUGUUAGUGCCCUGACCCUUCCAGCUCCCAUGGCGCCUGAGUCCCCCGGAAGCAUCGGUGAAUGCCUGUUUGUCCUAGUAGUCUCGGAAAGGUGGGAGGAGCGUCCCCGCUUUCUCCAUAGGUGGGCAAGCGAGAAAUGAGGGGGGCUGGCCCGGAAGCCCUCGAAGGCAGAGAGGACCUUGGCUCCAGAUUCCAAGGAGUUCAGUCAGCCAGAGGCUGGAAGUCAGUCUCAAGCAGGCCAAGAAGGAGUUAACCUCCAAGGAGAAUGAGGGCUUCUCCCAGACCGGAGGCCUGUGCCCAGCUUCGCCUCUGCCAACUCCGGGAAGAAGUCCUGGGAUCUGUAGUUUGUGCCACCACCCACCCCUGGCCUGCCUGUUUAUCAACAACGUCUUGGGGACUACAGUUCCCAGAAACCUGCAGAGGCCAGGCUUUGGGGGAAGGGGUGGGGUGUGAGGCUCGGUGGCAGCAGGAGGGAGAGGGAGGAGGUGGGGAGAGAAAACCCAAUUCACCCCCUUCCUUUUUAAUUCUUUCUCCUGGUGUGUCUGCUCCACCGCCCGAGCUAAUCCCCCAAAUCCGGUCUCCUAAGCCGCAGCUGCUUUCCUUCGCAGUGAUGAAUGGCUCGGGGAGGGAAGAUCUUCUCCGGUGAGCAUCCCCCCAGCCUGGCCCAGGGCAUGCCCCAGUUCACUUUUGCCUGCUUCUGUGGCCUCCACGGCUUCUGCAAGAUGAAGAGGAAGAAGGAGGAAGUUCACAGACAGCGGGAAACGGCCGUGUGAGCUGGACCGGGGCCCCUUCUGCAGCCUCCAGCAGGUUCCAGGCCUGAGGGCGCGCCCACAUCUGGAAGGACCCGCCUGGCCUUCUGGAGACCGGGAGACCCAGAAGCCUCGGGGCAGCCCCAGGAGUGAAACUUCUUUCCUGCCCUCAGGGCUCCAAGCCCUCCACUCAGGGUGACUCUUCGGCUGAGGGAUGUGCCGCCUUGGUGGGCUAGAAGCGCUGCUCCUGGAUAGGAAACUGGACCUCCCAGCAGCCCCCACGCCGGGGGAGGCCUCAGGCAGGCCGGGCCGAGUGGCGGUGUAAGAGGAGCCCCCCUCCAAAGCCAGGAUGCAGUCUCUCCUGGGAGCCCGGGACUUGAGGCAGGAGCCUCUCCGGAGGAGCAUCCCUGAGAGAGGGGUCCUUUCCUGUCCCCUCCCAGCGUUCUCCUGGGCCAGGUGGAGCCAGGACCAAGGCGGGCAGCCAGGUUGGGGGUCAGAUGGCAGAGUCGGGACAGUGAGAGGCAGGCAACGUCCUCAUGGCAGGAGGCCAGCUCGGUGUCCCCUGGGCGCCUCCCUCUCCCGCACUCCAGAAGGCAGCUUUCUCUCCAGGCCUGGCCUCGCAGACCCUCUGACCCCUGUCACGCCUCCUUGCAGCAGCACAGAUGUGGGGGCCUGUUUCCCAGGCCCCGACUCCCCUUCUUGGGAACUGUCAUCCAGGACCAGACUGUGGGGCCCCCUUCCUGGACUGUGCCGUGUCCUCCCUUUAUUCUCCUGUCUCCUCGCCUCGCCCACCUGCCUCUACUUUCUCUUCUCAGAAGCCAUAGAGAGGGAAGGGCUUGCAUGUUGUGCCUUUGGGGGAAACGGGGUAGAGGGACCCUCUAGGACCUGCCUUGCCUUUUCCCCCUAAUCUCUCCACUAACCUCCAUCUUCCAGGGUCAGUCUCAGCCCCCUCUCCCAGCCUAUUUCCAGCCGGUAAGAAGCAGACAAAACCCCCUUUCCUUCUCCCUUCCUUCCCUCCUCCCUUCUCCCAUGUGAUCUAACUUACCCUUCUGUCACAGUGCCCGAACCUCUCGGGUGCUAGAGGGUCACACGGGCAGCAAUGGUAGUGGCAGAGACACUUUGGGCAGAUUCUGUAGCUUUAGCAAGUCUGCCCUCUCCUUCAGCACGGAAAAGGUCGGCCCAGGAACAAAGUCAGAGGCCCGGUAGCCUCUGGGGACAGAAUAUUCUUUCUGACAGUUAACAGGUGGGCUGGGGAGAGGAGGUCAGGAUCCCAGGACUGAAGGUGGGGCGGUGUGCCCUUUUCCUUGGAAUGUGCCUCUCUGGGCAGUCAGGGAGGGCAGAAGACCACCUGUGCUGGUUCAUCCGGAACCUGGGAGAAGCAAAGGCACAUUCUGUCCUCGCAGCUUUUCUUUGCCUGUCCAGCUCAUGCCCCAUGCUCAGGGGCAUGUCCUGAGCUUCCGGCAGAUUUGGUGGGAGACAGGUCAUCUUUGUGAAGCCAGAGCACCGCUUACGAUCCCUCUCCUCCCAUCCUCCAGCCACCUCCUUUGCCCCUAGCACCCAGCCCCAGGCCUGUACAAUCUGUUAGUUCCUUUUAUAUCCAAAGAACUAUAAACAGAACUCCUUCCCUCAAGGAAACAGCAAUAAAGGCCAGUGGGGUCACAAGGGACGGAGGAAAAGCUCCCCGGUUAUUUGGCCUCUUGGACGGUAGAGGCCUUGGAAGAGGCAGAGACGGGCAGAAAACGCUUUCAAGGGUACCUUGAUCAGGCGGCAGGGGAGCCCGCCUGGAGGGCAUGUGUGUCCCUAGCGGUGGCCUGUGAGGCUGCAGGCCUAGAGAAGCCACUCUUGCGGUGGAGGAUGAAAUUGUAUCCCUGGAACCUCAGAGGUGUUGGGUGUUAGGUCCUGACCACAUGGGCUCACCCGGAGGAAAGGUCAGGAGAGGUGGCGAAGGACGGUUUUGCCCCUGCGUACCUCUCGGGGCUCAGCAGCGAUGUCCGCUGCAGGGGCCUGGCAGUACGCCCGUCCAGAGAGCUUCUUCCCCCGGGGAGAACUCCUUUGACUCCAAAGGGAUACCGGAUAUCUGGAGCCCCUGCUACGGGAGCAUGGGAGAGGUCCCAAGGUCAGGGCAUCACUGGUCUGAGUGGAGGGCUAGCCGUGCCUGCAGACGGCAGCCCGUGGCCCCUCCUUCAUCCAGGGUGAAGGUGGGGUCAAAUGCCUUGCUGAGUAGGAGGCGGCAACAGCUUUGAGCCAGACCCACCCCUCGUCCCACCGUCCCUCGGUCUCCUUCUCAGGGAAAUGGUGACUUGGCUCCUCUCAGCGCCUGGAGCCGAUCUGGAGACCUGUGCCUGCCCGUCUGCCUCUGGGUGAGCCCAGGGGAGAGGUUUCAUCCAAAAAUGCAGAAGCAGCCCUCGUGUCCACAGACCGUGGGCCCCAGGCCUCUGGCUCACAGUCCGGGCUUCUCUUCCUUCUGUUUCUUUUGGGGCAUCGAGGUCUGGCCACCCCAUUUAUUGCCCUGCCCUGAGGCUCCUCCCCAGGGGACAGGUUGGACCAUUUUGCCCUCCCCAUUCCUAAUUCCCUCCACCCCACAGUUCUCUCCCAGACUCUACCUUGAGGAGGGGGACGGGAACUCCUGGGUGGAGGAAGGGGGCACAAAAGUCGAUGGUUCUGGAAGGAGACGGGCCUCUCCUUCUUGCUGUGUGGCACUGAGUCCUUGCUGGAGGGCGGGAGGCCCUGGCCUCCCUGGGCCUCAGUUUUCCCCUCUUGUGCUGCGGGCUGUUGAAUGGGUGAUAAAGAAACGUGAGGGGUGCAUGAGGUUCUUGUGACUCGAAUGUUGUCUGGGGCCGGGCCCUAGGGACCCCGAGGGGCUUCUUGAAGUCUUUUAUUUAAUUUAAUUUAAUUUUAUUUUUGUAGAAUAUCAUUUCCUUCUCCACUCCCAGGGAAGGGCUUUUUGGAUGUCGCAGGAGUCAACAGAAAUAUGUACAGAGAUUGUUAUUUUUGAAACAAAUAAAAAGAGCAAUAACUUAACUGAAAUAUGCACGAAGUACCACAGUGGAUGCAAAGGGCAUUGAGCUGGGAACCAGAUCUCCUGGGUUCCGGCCCUGCUGCUUAGACACUGAUGACAGUGUGAUCUUAGGCUAAUCAUGUCCUAUUUCUGGGACUCAGUCUCCUCCCACCAACGUCCUCUAAGUACCCCCCAUCAGAGGCCAGGACUCUGUGGCCCUGGGCAGUCGAGCCUCAGUGAGGCUCAGGGCCGAGGAGGCACAGGGGUUGUAGUCUCCUGGGCUCUGUGUCUGCAGCUCCGUGUGGGGAGGGCUGGUGGAAGCCGUACGACAGGUCUAGGCAAUGGCGAGGGUGGUGAGAGGGACAGCCAAGGCACCCAUAGCUUCCGCUCGAACCCUCCCCCAGGGCCCCGAGCAGUCUGCCUCUCCUCCUUCCUGCAGCCGGGCCUGUCUAGGCCACCUCAGGUGCCGCUUUUGUGCACAUUCUCUUACACACACACACUCCACCCCUGGCAGAUGGGAUCUCAGAGGACCAGCUCGGGGCCCUGGCUCUGUCACCCAUGGGCUCCCCUCUACCCAGCUGCUGGUGAGCCCGUCUCCAAGCUGCUCGAACCACCCCACCUCCCUACCUUGCCUUCUGCAAGG